AUGGCUGAUAUGGAGAACUCAAAGUCUGCCCAGGAUGGCCUGGAAGUUCGCUCUGCUACUUACUCUGUCGAUGAGCCCCCUCGUCCCGCUGGAUGGAUGUACAGACCUCUACGCAUUGGUGGAUUCACCACUUGGUAUGCCUCUCCUGGCUUCCAGCUGGUAAUGGUCGCCUUUGUAUGCUUCAUGUGUCCAGGAAUGUUUAAUGCGCUUGGUGGCCUCGGUGGAGGUGGAAGGAUUGAUCCCACUUUGGGUGAUAACAUGAACACUGCACUCUACAGUACUUUUGCCGUCAUUGGCUUCUUCGCGGGAACUUUCGUCAAUCGCAUUGGCGUUCGCUUCGCUCUUUCGUUUGGUGGCAUUGGUUAUUGUAUUUAUGCUAUCAGUCUGCUGGUGUCCAUGCAUAAAAAUGUCGAUGGGUUCAAUAUCUUUGCGGGUGCUCUACUGGGUGUUUGCGCUGGUUUGCUGUGGGCUGCUCAGGGUGCCAUCAUGAUGUCUUAUCCUCCUGAGCAAAAGAAGGGCCAUUACUUUGCGUGGUUUUGGGCGAUCUUCAACGUUGGCGCAUGUAUUGGAGCCUUGAUCCCCCUUGGCCAGAAUAUCCAUGUCACGGUUAAGAAAGACGUUAACGAUGGUACCUACAUCGGAUUCAUCGUGCUCAUGGCUUUCGGCGCUGUCCUCGCCCUGUUUAUUUGCGAUGCAGACAAGAUCGUGCGCCCAGAUGGCUCUCGCGUGAUUCUGAUGAAGAGCCCCACCUGGAAAACAGAGAUUAUCGGUCUGUGGGAGACUAUUAGCCAUCAGCCGUUCAUUGUCCUGCUCUUCCCGAUGUUCUGGUCCUCCAACUGGUUCUACACCUACCAGAUGAACAGCGUCAACAGUGCCUAUUUCAACACUCGCACCAAGUCUCUCAACAAUUUCCUGUAUUGGUUUGCCCAGAUUGUGGCGGCUGCCAUUAUCGGGCCGCUGCUUGACAUCAAGUCUGUUCGCCGCAGUACCCGUGCGCGUAUUGCCCUUGUUGUUUUGUUUGUUCUUACCAUGGCUAUCUGGGGCGGUGGCUAUGUCUGGCAGAAGGGGUACACCCGUGAGACCGUUGCCGAUGUCAACUUCAAGGCCUGGGACUGGACGACCCCCGGAUUUGAGGGCCCCAUGUUCUUGUAUUUCUUCUACGGGUUCUACGAUGCAGUUUGGCAGGGUACCGUGUACUGGCUGAUGGGCGCUCUUGGUAACUCCGGUCGCAAGCUCGCUAAUUUGGCCGGUUUCUACAAGGGUCUGCAGUCUGCCGGUGCCGCCGUGAUGUGGUCCCUGGAUGGACAGCAAAAAAUCCCCUACAUGAGCGAGUUUGCUUCCAACUGGGGUCUCCUCUGUGGCUCGCUUCUGUUUGCUGCACCGGUUAUCAUCUUCAAGAUCAAGGACUCGGUUCCGAUCGAGGAGGAUCUCGAGGGUACCGGUGAGACUCUUGAGGAUGUUCUUCCGCCUGGUGCGAUUGAGAAGAAGGCCAUGCACAACUGA